UUCAGAAUUACCUCUGCCUAAGGAAAAUUAUUGAAAAUGCAAGUAUUACAAUACUGAAAUGGCAAUGCGGAGUGGCGGAGCGAGCGCAGGGGGGCGCUCCCGUGGGGGGGACUCUCAGGCAGCCCGUGCGAUGGACGAAUUCGAACAGCUAGCUGGUCUGCGGGGGCGAGCGGUGUAUGUUCUGGAACACCUGGCGACCUUCACGGUCACCAGGGAGACGGGGAUCGUGUACCCCGCUGAUGGUAUGAGGCGGCUACUACAGUUGGAGAAGACAAAUGGAAUAUGGAGUCAAAAGAUGCAACUAUGUUUAGAAGAACAGUGGGUCCUUGUGAUGGACUACGAAACUGGAUCCAUAAUGGAACGCUUCCCGGCGACGUGGGUGCAUUCGCCCACCGCGUUCACUUCACCAGAGCCGGCUGAGCUGUACAACAAUGUUCUCGCCUUCGUAGUGGGGGCCCCGGAGACUGGUGGCGGCUCGCCGGGCGGCUCAAGACGCGAACUGCAUAUAUUUCAGUGUCAUGACGUCAGUGCGCAGACGCUGGUUGAGGAGCUGAAUGCUUUGAAGGGCGUGGGAAGUGGUGCCUCGGAAAGUGGCCGAGAUUUCGUGAUCGAGCGAGAGAGAGAGCGCGAACGAGAGACAGAGAUAGAACGACCUCGACGGCAGCAAAUGUCAGCACAGCUCGGCCGCGGCGAGCGCGGGGAGCGCGGGGGAUCCGGAGGGGAGCGAGAUGACGCAUCAUCAACUGGAUCCGAGCGCCUGUAUGAACAGGACAUCGCCAUCUUGAAUCGAUGCUUUGACGACAUAGAGAAGUUUAUCGCACGGUUGCAGCACGCAGCCGCUGCGUCGAGAGAGCUCGAGAGGCGCAGGCGAUCAAGGGGAGGAAAGAGGAGCGCGGGAACAGGGGAAGGGAUGCUCGCGUUACGUACCCGUCCCCCACCAGAAAGGGAUUUCGUUGAUGUGCUACAAAAGUUCAAGCUUUCCUUCAAUCUGCUCGCGAGAUUGCGCACGCACAUACACGAUCCAAACGCUCCGGAGUUGGUACAUUUUCUUUUCACGCCGCUUGCGUUGAUAGUUGAUGCAGCGCAGGAUGUGGCGGAUGGUCGCCUGCCGUCUCGCGUGGUCCAGCCACUGUUGACGAGGGACGCCCUUAAUCUUCUGGCCAAUUGCGUGACUAGUAAGGAGACUGAACUCUGGCAUUCGCUUGGAGAUGCUUGGCUGAUACCAAGAGAACAAUGGAAAACAGCAAUACCUCCAUAUCAGCCGGUGUUCAUGGAUGGCUGGACGCCGGACUAUCAAGUAGACGAUCAGCCGUUGCGAAGGCCUUCACCACGACGCAGCGAAGGAAGGGUAGUGGAGGAAGCUGCGGGAAGCGCAGGGGAGGGUUAUGGAUAUGAGAGAGAUGAACCAGAUCUAUACGGGGAGAGAGAGUACGCGCCGUAUCCAAGGUACUGUGAACAUUAUUCUCCAAUAAUGAACUUUACAGAAAAGCCUAUACCCCCGCCCCCACCACCGCCACCCCCACCCCCGGAACCGCCAGUCGCGCCACCACCACCGCCACCUGUGACUAAAACUGAUACUAUUAAAUCCACCAAGUCAGCAGUCAGCACCGGCAGCGACCUGCACGAAGAGCUGAAAGCCGUACUACCACAAAUACAGCGCAGGCUGGAGAUCAAAAAGACACCAGAUAUAUUUAUUCAUCAGAAAUCCAAUCCAGACGAAGUAGUAUCCUGGCUUGAACUGAAAGGUUUCAGUAGGACUGCACAGAAGCAGCUGCGUGUGUCUGGUCACCAGCUGUUCGCGCUCUCCAGAGCACAGCUGGAACGGGUUUUGGGGCCUGAUGAAGGCAAGCGGCUGUACAGCCAAGUUCUGGUGCAAAGGAACGUAUCUGGGUACAAGACGACAUCGGCGUCAGAACUUCAGAGCAUACUCCGGAAGGUUCGAGAGAAGGUGGAGGUGUCCUGACCAUAGACAACGAAAAUGCCACAGACGACGAAGCGGCCAUAGACGAACCGCCCAUAGACUAUAUUCAAAUAGACGCAGAACAUAAAUAUUAUCGAAGUUCAUCGUUCUGUUAAAAUAUAUUA